UGGCUGACGCUUUCCUCUCGUUUAACGUCUGUAAAGGUGUGGGUUCGUUUCCUGACCCUCUUCGCGCCGCGCGUGCAGCGAGCAUCAUCAUCAUCAUCAUCUCACAGGCUGUUGCUUCCUCCUGAGGGACCGUAAGCGCUCUUCACAGCCUGCACACUACACCGAAUCUGGCUAAUACUACACAUUAAUUUGCGAGCUCGGAUGUGUUAUAUUGUCUCUCACACCAUACACGCGGCAUUUCGCAAGGAAUAUACGGAAUUACAGGCGCAACAAAUGAUGCUGUGACAACCAUCCGUUCAGAUAGAUAAUAAAGGCUAGCUGUUCAGUCAGUGGACGCUGCAUUUCUGCAAACGAAGCAAAGCCUCGGACGAUCCUUUCCCAGAUGAACAGUUACAGUAGUGUUCACUACUGACAGACAGCAGUCAUCUGGAAUAAUACCCUGCACCCUGGAGGAGAAACAGGUUUAAGAAACUCUACUGGUGAGCGUCUGCAACCAAUGAGCAGUGCGUCAGGAGAAGCAGCAAUACAAACUCUCUGUGGCCUGCCGUCCCCUCUGCUCUCUUCUAAUGGUUUGAUGGAGAUCUGGUCGGAUGACAGCUGGAACUGUUGUCAUAACCGGAGGAAUUCUCGCAACAGUGAUACUCCUGUGUAUCAUUGCAGUGCUUUGUUACUGUAGACUCCAGUAUUACUGCUGUAAGAGGAAUGAGUCAGAAGGGGAGGCGGGCUCGGUCGGAGAUCUUCAGCCACAGUUCGCCUGCAACGCAUGCAGCGCUCCGGGAGUGGACGGGGCGGCCGUCACACCUCUCUCGCUGCCCUACGACCCCGCUCCGCAGCAGAGCUACUGCCCCACUUGCUCGCCCUACUACCUCCGUGGCUCGGAUGAGAUGCGUAAUGGCGGCGAACGCCUGUCCUACAUGCCCGCUCACUACGAGAACCAUGGCGCCACUGCCCUUGGUCUGGCCGCCAUGUACGGCCCCGUGCUGAGCCACCGCAGUACACCAGACUUUUACACCAACACACGAGCCAUCAGCACUGACGUCUGACCCUCACAGACCCGGAGAUGGACCCAGGGACAGAGCUGCCUCUGUGAACCAGAGCAUCUGGGGGCCGUGCCAUCUCCUUGCGCAAAGAGUCAAAAGACCUACAGGAUGCCAUGUUAUUCUUCCACGCAGGUCUAAGGCCAUCUUCAGUCUUCCAUUGUCUUUUGUUUUACCCGUUUUACCUCUUCUUCUUGCACACCCCUCUCUCUCUCUCUCUCUCUCUGCUGUGAGGGCUGUGUGUUAUAUGACGUGAAGUGUUUGUGGGGGUUUGGGCCUUUUUAAUGUCAAAGGUUAAAUGCAAAUAGGAUAUUUUAUAUGUCUGGAAAAGUCAGAUAUAUAAGCAUAUUUUAAAUUUAGAAAAAAGAAAUGGAGCAUCCCAAGGAAGCUUUAUAGGCUCAUCUUAAAUAUUUCAUUGUUUAUG